AUGUCUGCAGCUUGGGUUCCUCCAGACAUUUCACUCAUAUGUUCAGAAACGCAAUCAAAUUUAACUCAAUGUUCAGCGACUGGAUUUACAUAUUUGGCAUUGCUUCUACAGCUUUUUGGGUAUGUGAAUUACACUAUAAACUAUCCACAAGAAAGUGAAAAACAAUUCAAUUCCGAGAUUAUUUCUAAUGAUACCAACGAUUCGAAUUAUUUCUCUACUGGAAAUUGUGAAGGUGGUUUGGAUAUAAACCAAACUGAGAAUGAUAUACUUGAAAAUGGAAAUGAACUCCUUCAAACUCCUAAUGAAACAUUUCCUUACAUCGACUUCCAAAACCAAACUGAUGAACAGGAAGAACCAGAAUUAGUUGAAGAAUCUUCCCAUAAAACAAUAAACUCAAAUUCUAAAAUAGCACAAAACGAAAAAUGUUCCAAAUACGACUUUAUUAUUGUGGGUGCUGGAUCAGCUGGCUGUGUUUUAGCGAAUAGACUUUCAGAAGUAACGUCAUGGAAGAUACUUCUUUUAGAAGCUGGGUCUGAAGAACCAGAUAUAACAAUGAUGCCAGCGGCUAUGAGAGUUCUUGGAGGAUCAAAUAUAGACUGGAAUUAUAAUACACAGCCAGAAGAACUAACUUGUAGAUCCAUGACGAAUCACAUGUGCAAGUGGCCCAGGGGUAAGACUUUAGGUGGUUCGAGUGCUAUUAACUACAUAAUUUACAUGAGAGGAAAUAGACGCGAUUACGAUCACUGGGCGGAAUUAGGAAACGAAGGAUGGAGCUACAAUGAGCUGCUGCCAUAUUUUAAGAAAAUGGAAAACAAUCGUGAUUUUGAAUCUAAUAACAUAGAUAACGGAGUAGGGGGACCACUGAAUGUUGAAAGAUACUCUUAUGUUGAUGCAAAUACAAUUAUGUUAGUUAAAGCUUUAAAUGAGUCGGGUCUACCACUCAUUGAUUUAACUGCAGAAAAUAACGUCGGGACAAACAUAGCUUACUCUACAUCAAAAGAUGGACGAAGAAUGUCUGCUAAUGUAGCAUAUAUCAAACCCAUACGAGAUAUAAGAUCAAAUAUUGAUAUAAUUCUAAACGCAUUUGUCACAAAAAUAAUUAUACAUCCUAAAACAAAAAGGGCACUAGGAGUUACUUAUGUUAAAAAUGGAACUUCUUACAAUGUUUUUGCGAAAAAUGAGGUGAUAGUAAGUACUGGAUCUCUAAAUUCGCCCAAACUUCUAAUGUUAUCUGGAAUCGGGCCUAGGGAAUACUUGGAAAGUUUAAAUAUACCAGUCGUUGCGGAUCUGCAAGUGGGACAUAAUUUACAAGACCAUGUUACAGCGAACGGUUUCGUCCUCGCUCUGACAAACAAAACAUGGACUAACGUAAGCGACGCGGUUUUAUUUCAAGAAAUACAAAAGUAUUACGAACAGCAACCCAAAAAACACGGACCGUUGUCAACUACUAGCACUCUUAAUAGUGUUGGUUUUCUUAAAACUAAAUAUGCACGUGAAAAUGCACCUGAUAUUCAAAUUCAUUUCGAUGGAGUGAAUGUCGAGGAGCUAUAUUCUGACCCUCCAAAUUAUUUGGCAAGUAACGUAUUUCCCAUUUCUUUUUAUAAUGGACUUUCACCAAAAGCUAUAUUAUUGGUACCAAAAAGCAGAGGCAAAGUGUUACUAAAUGAUACAGAUCCCGUCAAUGCACCACCCUUAAUUUAUCCCAGAUUUUUCACAGUUAAGGAAGAUCUUGACGUUUUAUUUGAAGGAUUCCUUUACCUUCUUGGUUUAGAAGAAACCAAAACAUUCAAAGAAAAUGGUGCACACUUUGUUAAAACUCCUGUAAAAAAUUGCGAAGAUUCUAUUUGGGGAUCUUAUGAUUACUUUAAAUGCUUACUUUUUGAAUAUACUAUAACUCUGUUUCAUCCCGUUGGAACUUGUAAAAUGGGCCCGGCGUCUGAUAAAGAUGCUGUUGUCGAUCCUAGAUUAAGGGUCUACGGUAUUGAGGGCUUAAGAGUAAUAGAUGUGUCUAUAAUGCCUUGUAUAGUCAGAGGAAAUACAAAUAUACCAACUAUCACUACAGCAGAAAAAGGAGCAGAUAUGAUUAAAGAGGAUAAUUUAAAACGGUGCAAUUCGAACUGA